AUAUAGAUGCUGGGGGUGGGGGAGAGGUCAAGCGUAGCCCCUUCUCCUUUACCAAGAUGGCGGCCUGUCCCUGUUUCGCCACAGUUCCCACCUUGUGAGCCUGAUUUCCUUACGCUGAUAAGACUGGAACAGCAAAAGCUGGCAGGCUGACAGAGGUGGCCUCAGGACGGACUUUCUGGCUACUGACCGUUUUGCUGUGACUCACCCGGACCGUGUGUGGGCGCCAUCGACCAUGAGCUCCGUUGCAGUUUUGACCCAGGAGAGCUUUGCUGAGCACCGAAGUGGGCUGGUUCCGCAGCAGAUCAAAGUUGCCACUUUAAAUUCAGAAGAAGAGAGUGACCCUCCGACGUACAAGGAUGCCUUCCCGCCGCUCCCUGAGAAAGCAGCUUGCAUGGAAAGCGCCCAGGAACCCGCGGGCGCCUGGGGCAACAAGAUCCGACCCAUCAAGGCUUCCGUCAUCACUCAGGUGUUCCACGUACCGCUGGAGGAGAGGAAAUACAAGGACAUGAACCAGUUUGGAGAAGGCGAACAAGCCAAAAUCUGCCUUGAGAUCAUGCAGCGGACCGGUGCUCACCUGGAGCUCUCUCUUGCGAAAGACCAGGGCCUCUCCAUCAUGGUCUCUGGGAAGCUGGACGCCGUCAUGAAAGCCCGGAAGGACAUUGUGGCUCGGCUGCAGACGCAGGCCUCAGCAACUGUCGCCAUUCCCAAAGAACACCAUCGCUUUGUCAUUGGCAAAAAUGGAGAGAAACUACAAGACUUGGAGCUGAAAACCGCAACCAAAAUCCAGAUCCCACGCCCAGAUGACGCGAGCAACCAGAUCAGGAUCACCGGCACCAAGGAGGGCAUUGAGAAGGCCCGCCACGAAGUGCUGCUCAUCUCCGCCGAGCAGGACAAACGUGCUGUGGAGAGGCUCGAGGUGGAGAAGGCGUUCCACCCCUUCAUCGCCGGGCCUUAUAACCGACUGGUCAACGAGAUCAUGCAGGAGACAGGGACGCGCAUCAACAUCCCCCCGCCCAGCGUCAGCCGGACAGAAAUCGUCUUCACCGGGGAGAAGGAGCAGCUGGCCCAGGCUGUGGCUCGGAUCAAGAGGAUUUAUGAAGAGAAGAAAAAGAAGACCACGACCAUCGCGGUGGAGGUGAAGAAGUCCCAGCACAAGUACGUCAUCGGGCCCAAGGGCAACUCCCUGCAGGAGAUCCUGGAGAGGACUGGCGUCUCGGUGGAGAUCCCGCCCUCUGACAGCGCCUCCGAGACCGUGAUACUCCGGGGCGAGCCCGAGAAGCUGGGGCAGGCGCUGACUGAGGUCUACGCCAAGGCCAACAGUUUCACUGUCUCCUCCGUCUCGGCCCCUUCCUGGCUUCACCGUUUCAUCAUCGGCAAGAAGGGGCAGAACCUGGCCAAGAUCACCCAGCAGAUGCCAAAGGUUCACAUCGAAUUCACAGAGGGCGAGGACAAGAUCACCCUGGAGGGCCCCACAGAGGACGUGAACAUGGCCCAGGAGCAGAUCGAGGCCAUGGUGAAGGACUUGAUUCACCGCAUGGACUACGUGGAGAUCAGCAUCGACCACAAGUUCCACCGACACCUCAUCGGGAAGAGUGGGGCCAACAUCAACAGAAUCAAAGACCAGUACAAGGUGUCUGUGCGCAUCCCCCCCGACAGCGAGAAGAGCAGCCUGAUCCGCAUCGAGGGCGACCCGCAGGGCGUGCAGCAGGCCAAGCGGGAGCUGCUGGAGCUCGCCUCCCGCAUGGAAAACGAGCGCACCAAGGAUCUCAUCAUCGAGCAGAAAUUCCAUCGCACGAUCAUCGGGCAGAAGGGCGAACGGAUCCGUGAGAUUCGUGACAAGUUCCCAGAGGUUAUCAUCAACUUCCCAGACCCAGCACAAAAAAGCGACAUUGUCCAACUCAGAGGCCCCAAGAACGAGGUGGAAAAGUGCACAAAAUACAUGCAGAAGAUGGUGGCAGAUUUGGUGGAAAAUAGCUAUUCAAUCUCUGUUCCGAUCUUCAAGCAGUUCCACAAGAAUAUCAUUGGGAAAGGAGGCGCCAACAUUAAAAAGAUUCGUGAAGAGAGCAACACCAAGAUUGACCUUCCAGCAGAAAAUAGCAACUCAGAGACCAUCGUCAUCACAGGCAAGAGGGCCAACUGCGAGGCUGCCCGGAGCCGCAUCCUGUCCAUCCAGAAAGACCUGGCCAACAUAGCCGAGGUGGAGGUCUCCAUCCCCGCCAAGCUGCACAACUCCCUCAUCGGCACCAAGGGCCGCCUGAUCCGCUCCAUCAUGGAGGAGUGCGGCGGGGUCCACAUCCACUUCCCCGUGGAGGGCUCGGGGAGCGACACCGUUGUCAUCAGGGGCCCUUCCUCGGAUGUGGAGAAGGCCAAGAGGCAGCUCCUGCACCUGGCGGAGGAGAAGCAAACCAAGAGCUUCACCGUGGACAUCCGUGCCAAGCCGGAGUAUCACAAGUUCCUCAUCGGCAAAGGGGGCGGCAAGAUCCGCAGGGUGCGUGACACCACCGGCGCCCGCAUCAUAUUCCCGACCGCAGAGGACAAGGACCAGGACCUGAUCACCAUCAUCGGAAAGGAGGACGCCGUCAGGGAGGCCCAGAAGGAGCUGGAGGCCCUGAUCCAGAACCUGGACAACGUGGUGGAAGAGUGCAUGCUGGUGGACCCCAAGCACCACCGCCAUUUCGUUAUCCGGAGAGGGCAGGUCCUGCGGGAGAUCGCCGAGGAGUACGGCGGGGUGAUGGUCAGCUUCCCGCGGUCCGGCACACAGAGCGACAGAGUCACCCUCAAGGGUGCCAAGGAGUGCGUGGAGGCGGCCAAGCAGCGCAUCCAGGAGAUCAUCGAGGAUCUGGAAGCCCAGGUGACCAUAGAGUGUGCCAUACCCCAGAAGUUCCACCGCUCCGUCAUGGGCCCCAAGGGUUCCAGAAUCCAGCAGAUCACCCGGGACUAUAACGUCCAGAUUAAAUUCCCAGACCGAGAGGAGAGCCCAGCUGUCCAGGAGAACGGUGAGGACGCUGGGGAGGGGAGAGAGGCCGACCCGGGCUCCCCCAGGCGGUGUGACAUCAUCACCAUCUCUGGCCGCAAGGAGAAGUGUGAGGCUGCCAAGGAAGCCCUCGAGGCGCUGGUUCCUGUCACUGUUGAAGUGGGGGUGCCCUUUGACCUUCACCGCUACAUCAUUGGGCAGAAGGGCAGCGGGAUCCGCAAGAUGAUGGACGAAUUCGAGGUGAACAUCCACGUCCCCGCACCGGAGCUGCAGUCUGACAUCAUCGCCAUCACAGGCCUCGCUGCCAAUCUGGACCGGGCCAAGGCCGGGCUCUUGGAGCGCGUGCGGGAGCUGCGGGCAGAGCAGGAGGACCGGGCUCUCCGGAGCUUUAAGCUGAGUGUGACUGUCGACCCCAAAUACCAUCCCAAAAUCAUCGGGAGGAAGGGGGCAGUGAUCACACAAAUCCGCUUGGAGCACGACGUGAACAUCCAGUUUCCUGACAAAGAUGAUGGGAACCAGCCGCAGGACCAGAUCACCAUCACAGGGUACGAGAAGAACACCGAGGCCGCCCGGGACGCCAUACUGAAAAUCGUGGGCGAGCUCGAACAGAUGGUUUCUGAGGACGUCCCGCUAGACCACCGCGUCCACGCCCGCAUCAUUGGUGCCCGCGGCAAAGCCAUUCGCAAAAUCAUGGACGAGUUCAAGGUGGACAUUCGCUUCCCGCAGAGCGGGGCCCCGGACCCCAACUGCGUUACUGUGACGGGGCUCCCGGAGAACGUGGAGGAGGCCAUCGACCACAUCCUGAACCUGGAGGAGGAAUACCUGGCUGACGUGGUGGACAGCGAGGUGCUGCAGGUGUACAUGAAGCCCCCGGCCCACGAGGAGUCCAAGGCGCCAUCCAAGGGCUUUGUGGUGCGGGACGCGCCCUGGACCACCAACAGCAGCGAGAAGGCUCCGGAUAUGAGCAGCUCGGAGGAAUUCCCCAGCUUCGGGGCUCAGGUGGCCCCCAAGACCCUCCCUUGGGGCCCCAAACGAUAAUGAUGAGGAAGUGGAAACCUCUCCAGCCUGCUGACCCGAACGCCACCACACAGCGGUUUGUUUCGAUCUGAUCCAGCAGCUGGACCCUCCGUAAAUUGUUGACGCUCCCCCUCCCCGAGGUCCCGCAGGGAAGCUGGGCGCCCGGCACUGUGUGCUGCCGGUCCCCAGGCCUGGCCAGGCCCGGUGCGCGCUCAGGAUCUGCCCGACGCCGCCAGCUGCGGGCCGGCUCUCCGUGGUUCAGACACUAACAGAGGCAGUUGGACGUCUCACCGGCAUGUCAGCAAGGCCCCGGCCCGCGGAGUGCUGCACAGCUGGGGCCGCGCCCACUUCCUGUGUCGUGACCUCAGGAAAUAAAUUCCUUAACUUUAGAAAA